CUGGCAACACUGUUCGAUGACGCUUGAAUUUUAGCGGACAAACAAGAAAUAUCAGAAAAGACGACGCUUGCAACCAAAAUAGUUACUCCUUGAAAGAGCCCAGCGGUUUUAACAAGAAACGAGGAAUAAUCGAAGGACGCUGCCAGCAUGCCGCGCACCAAGAUACCAAAGAACUCCAAACGCAACCGCGAGGUGGCCAAUCGCGAGGAGAAGGUGCGCCUGUACGAGCUGAAAAUGGAUUCCCGCCUGAUCAGCAUCGAUUCGCUGGAGACGAAGUUCCUCUCCGCCGUGGACCACCAGGUGAAGACGCUGCUGGGCCAGGUGCAGAAGGAGCUGGCCAACCUCAAGAUGCCCGAGGUGCUGCGCCUCUUCGAGGAGCUGGACCGCUUCAGCGACUUCAAGGCCAGCGAUCAGACGCAGCUGCUCGCCUCCAUGUCCAUGAGUGGCAGCGUCACCGAGGGCCACGCCCCCUCGGCCACCGGGAGCCGCAACGACGAAGGCUACCUUACAGAGGACAGCAGCAUCGGUGCCAGCGGCGGCAGCAUCCUGGCCGCCCACACAGGCUCCCUGCUGCGCUCCACGAAGGCAAUGCGAACUCCCGGACCACUGCAUUCGGCGCGGGCCCGUCGUGCCCGCCGUAGUCGUUCCGCCUGCGGGGAUCUGAACAUAUUGCACUCGGCCAAACCGCCGUCGAUAUCGAGCAACUGCAGCCGCAAUUCGCGCAGCAAGUUGCGCACACCAAUGGCCUCGCGUACGAAGGCCUUCAGUGCCGAUCGAACUCCUCUGGCGCAGAAACAAAUGCGCUCCGGAUCGCCAACCACGCCGCCGAUGGCGUUCCUGCGCUAUCCGAAGCCCGGCGAGGUGGCCCUCUCCAAGUACGGCAGCCCCAUGGUGGCUCAAGUAAUGCCAGACAAGUUCGCCAAUGUGAACAUACCCAUUCGGAACGGAGUUCUCAGCUUGCGGCCCAAAAAACUGGAGGCCGACGAGGUGGAGUCAAAUCUGUUGGAGAACCUGGACGAGGACACCCUUAACCAGAUCAAAACGCUGCACGAGAACUUGCAGAUGAUUGUUAAUAGGGCCAGCCAGGCCCAGGUGUUCAAAUAGCUGUCAUUUCAAACGCUUCUCUAGAUAUAAUGCUAUAUCAUAUAUUUUAGUAUGUUUCGUUUAAGUUCAGUUUUCAUUUUACUCAUUUAGCUCAAGUAUUUUGCCUUCAUUUAUAUAAAUCUAUCGUAUUAACAUAAGUUUCAAUAUCACAUGUUCAUAUCCAAGUGUACGGCGAUUUAAAUGUAAUGUUUUAAAUACAUGCUUAACCAAAAAAAUGAAA